CUCUAUUGUGCGCACAUGCGCAGUUAUCCGCUGGUCAAAACUUCCUGCAAAAUACUGCUCCCUAACAACAGACAAAGCUUACCGCGGUGGGAUUGUCGACAGUCGCGGACUGAAGGCGCCCUCGGUCCGCUCCGUCAAUGGGUCCCGGCGGGCCGAGCGGGUGCAGAGCGUAGGCUGAGCGCGCGGACACGUCGGGCCGCCCCGCCGCAGAGAUGGACGAGGAGCAGCCGGCAAAGAAGGUGAAGGUUGAGAGAGAUGGCGGGAACAGCAGGGAGCAGAGUCACCUGGGGGCCGGCGGCUCCCCUCCAGCCGCUCUGCCUUCAUCUCAGCGGGCCGGCUCCUUCGGGCUCGAAGCAGGAGAGCAGAAGCUUUCAAGCUCCGACGGCGCCGCGGCAAACCAGGCGUGCGGCGAUGGGGGGAACUCGUUUGCGCACGCAGGCUCCGAAUCAGCGGCCGCUUCCGACUACAACCAGCAGGGUUAUCCGGCAAGCAGCCCCGCAGUGACGUCCUUCAGCAGCCAGGUGGCGUUCCCUCCCCUGUCCCAGUCCAGCGUGUACUCUGGCUUCCCCCAGAGCGGACAGACGUACGGCCUCCCGCCCUUUGGUGCUUUGUGGCCCGGCAUUAAAACUGAGACUGGGUUACCCGAGGCGCCCUCUGGUGGUCAGCCCGGGUUUCUCAGCUUCAGCACCGCAUAUACCUCAACACAGCCCGGCGCGCUGCACUACUCAUACCCGAGCCAAGGCUCCAGCUUCACCACGUCCAGCGUGUACUCCAACAUCCCCUCAGCUGUGGCCGUCACCGCUCCCACCACCGCGGCGAGCCUCCAGCAGGAGUUCAGCAGCUUCAGCACUCUGGGACAGAACCAGUUCUCUCAGUACUACACCAGUCCCCCCGCCCACGAGCACGGCGCCAGCGUGGCCGGAUACUCGGAGGUGAAGUCGGAGGAGGCGGCCUCGGCCGGUCUGCCCCCCAGAGAUGCGUCUCCGCUGGAGAGCGUGCCGGCGGCCGCGGCGCUCCCUGCUGGAGGCAGAGAUCAGGCCGAGCUCGCUCGCAGAAACUCGCUAGGAAAAGCCAAAGGGAAGAACAAGAAGAGCGAGAGCUCGCCGCCCCCCAACAGCGACCUGGAGCGCAUCUUUCUGUGGGACCUGGACGAAACCAUCAUCAUCUUCCACUCCAUGCUCACCGGCUCCUACGCGCAGAAGUUCGGCAAGGACUCGGCGCCGGUGCUGAAUCUGGGCCUGCAGAUGGAGGAGCUGAUCUUCGAGCUGGCGGACACUCAUCUGUUCUUCAACGACCUGGAGGAGUGCGAUCAAGUCCACAUCGAGGACGUGGCGUCCGAUGACACAGGACAGGACCUGAGCAACUACAACUUCCUGGCUGACGGCUUUAACGGCCCCAGCAGCGGAGGGGCUUCAGGAGCCGCCGCGGGCGUCCAGGGAGGAGUGGAGUGGAUGCGUAAACUGGCCUUCCGCUACCGGCGGCUAAAAGAGAUCUACAACAGCUACAAAGGAAACGUAGGAGCUCUACUGAGUCCCGCUAAGAGAGAGCUUCUCCUCAGGCUUCGCUCUGAGAUCGAGAGCAUCACCGACGCCUGGCUCAGCACGGCGCUCAAGUCUCUGCUGCUCAUCCAGUCCAGGGGGCGGUGUGUGAAUGUCCUGGUCACCACCACACAGCUGGUUCCAGCUCUGGCUAAAGUGCUGCUUUACGGUCUGGGAGAAGUCUUCCCCAUCGAAAACAUCUACAGCGCCACUAAAAUAGGGAAGGAGAGCUGCUUCGAGAGGAUCGUGUCCCGCUUUGGAAAGAAGGUGACCUACGUGGUGAUCGGUGACGGUCGAGAUGAGGAGUUUGCAGCAAAACAGCACAACAUGCCUUUCUGGAGGAUCUCCGCCCAUGGCGACCUCACGUCCCUCCACCAGGCUCUGGAACUGGAUUUCCUGUAGGGGGUUGACACGCUGCAGCCGAUGUCGCUGGUGUGGACGAGGUCAGGCACUCUCACCUGUUGAAAAGGCCUCUAAUCGUACCCCCACCCCUCCACGGCAGCUACACUCACCACGGCUUGCUCUGAUUGGCUGCAGCAGACUCCACCCCUCCGACUCUGCACUUGUUUUUAAAUGUGGAAGCCACGGCUGACAGUCUGGGGAUCACACGUCUGCUAGUGAGUCACAGCAGAAAGGGCAGUGUGACCGCCGCCUGAUCUGGACACGGCGGUCAUCAAGCACAAGCUGAGUCACACGGAGCGCGCUCAGAACCACGCUCCCGAGAUUUCUGUCUGUGGUUUCCUCUAAAGCUUUCAGUCACACGACUUUGGACAAGUCGCUUCAAUCACAGCUCUGAGUCAGUCAGACCUGUGACAUCAUUUCCUGUGAAGAACCAGGCACCAUGAAGACUGGAACGUUUCUGUGGCUGUGACGGUCUUACAUUAACGGCAGCAGAACCUGACAGCCUCUCAGACGAUUUCUGCCUUUGAAGGGGCGAGUUCUGAAUCCAGAACCCGACAAAGAUCCCCGAAGACGAUCAAGAGCUGCACUGAAACGAGUCCCAGAGACGGAGAGCUCUUUGAAAAACCGGAGGAAAGUCUGGAUCCUCUGGUGACUUGUUUUUAGAAAUUGUUUGUAACUCCCCAGUUUGCCCACCUUAAUGUUUAAAACUCCUUAAAUUCUCAUUAUGUCAGUUGGCUGUUGAGCCCCCGCAGCGGCAGAAAUACCUUUGUGUAUCUUUUUUAUCGUUUUGUUUGCUCGCCACAAACAAAACAUGGACUUUGUUACUUGAGGUACCAAAAAAGAAAAACAUUUAUCAAAGUUUAACCAGUUCACAUCAUUUUUUAUUUUUUUUAAAAGAAAUACACUAAUUAUUGAGUUUUCAGUCACUGUGGAACACAUCGGAAACCUGGUGUGACUGGAGUUUUCUGCGUCUGCGGGGUCUGGAAGCAGCAGAGCUAACACGAUGGUUCAGAAUAAUAAUGAGAAGAAGAGAUUAACCCAAAAGUGUCCUUUAAAACCAAUUCAGUCCUGCCCCCACCCCCCACCCAGAUCCUGAAUGUUUCUUUGAGAGCAGCUGAAGUAAACGACUGACACAGUACAGCAGGGUAUGGAAUGACAGAAGUGCUAACAAAAAAUUACGUUUUGGUUUAUUUUUUAUCACUUUUCUUUACACUAUUUUAUAUUUGCUUCAUUUUUUUUUUUCUUUCUCGCUUUAUUUCUUUCUCUCAACAGCUUUUGCUCUGAAAGACUUGAGCUCAUCGAAAGCCCCAUAAUUAAGGCCAAAAUUUAAAUUACAAGUUUGAUUUAACGUUUUAAAUGGAUAUUCUUCUUAGAAAUUCAUAAUUAGAUCUCUUGGAUAUCACAAUUAAGAAAGAUCUAGUCAUGGGCCCCCUUUUUCCCCUUAGAAACGAGAUUUUGGUUUAUUCUGAUCACAUGAAACGAUCAUGAAGAAAUGGUUCAGUCUGAAAAUGGGGGAAGGGAAUUAGAAGACAAGAAUGUAAUGGAAAAUGUUAUCUAAAAAGAAUAUUUUAGAAAGUAUUCAUUAAGAAAGAAAUUGUUUGCUAGUAAGAUUUUUUUUUUCAGCAUCUCUGUCAUUCCAUACGUUUGUUUCUUCUUGUGGAUCAAAGCACAAAGUUUUUUUCUCUAGAUGCUGAUUGGAUUUUUUUCAAAUCAAACUUCAAAGGCAAAUCUCCACCAAUCAGAACGAUCAGUUUAUCUUUUUGCUUAGCAAUCAGUGAGCUGAUAUCUGCACGUGCAGCUGGACCGUCAGGAAUGUGUGCUUCAGGCUAUUUAAACGUGCCUUUAACUUUCAGCGCGCUGAAAGGAGAAAGUUUGACGCUUGCAUCUGCAGCGUUAUCGAAGUGUUACUUUACUUUUAUAACUUUUGUUGUGCUGUCGACUGGUUCUGUGUGCACUGCGAUCCAGGUCUUGGGAGCAGAGACCUAAAUUUGUUCAGUUUGUUCUUGCUCCCAAAAAAAAAAAAA